CACGUUCACAUCAACAUUGUUUUUCCGGUUCACAAUGACAUCAACAGGAAGUCACUGCUUCUUGCUAGCUAAAUCUUGAUGGUUAGCUUGCUGUUUGAAGAAGUUAUAUCUUAAUAAGAAUUAUGUCUAUGUCCCAUCUGUAUGGGCGUAGGGGAGACGAGGAGGAGGAGGAUGGAGUCGAAAUUGAGAAGUUUGAGGUUACAGAAUGGGACCUGGCCAACGAGUUUAAUCCAGACAGACGUCGUCACAGGCAGACCAAAGAGGAGGCUACAUAUGGUAUAUGGGCUGAACAUGAUUCAGAUGAUGAGAGACCGAGCUUUGGAGGCAAGAGAUCAAAAGACUACACAGCCCCUGUGAACUUUAUAAGUGCUGGUCUGAGGAAGACUGCAGCUGAGGAGAAAAGGGAGCAGCAUGGCUCAGAUGACUCAGACGAGGAUGAAGAAGCACCUCCUCCACCCCGUACUACUGCACCUAGAAAGCUGCAAACGGGUGGGAAUUUUAAAACUUCCCAGAAGACAUUUGCAGGCAAUAUCCGUCCAGGGCAGGACAUUGGUGGCUGGGAGAAACACACGCGAGGCAUUGGCCAGAAGCUCCUACAGAAGAUGGGCUACAUCCCGGGCAAAGGCCUUGGAAAAAAUGCACAGGGUAUUGUAAACCCAAUUGAGGCUAAAGUACGUAAGGGAAAAGGAGCAGUGGGGGCUUAUGGGAAUGAGAGGACUCAGCAGUCAAUUCAGGACUUUCCAGUGGUAGACUCGGAGGAGGAAGAGGAGAAGGAGUUUCAGAGAGAGUUGGGGCAAUGGCGGAAAGAGCCUGGAGCAGGAAAGAAAAAGCCUAAAUACUCCUUCAAAACUGUGGAGGAACUGAAAGCUCAUGGAAAACUUUCCAACAAGAGCAUGAGCCAACCAGCUGGAGAACUUGCCCAAGUCAAGGUGAUAGAUAUGACAGGCCGGGAGCAGAAGGUCUACUACAGCUACAGUCAGAUGAGCCAAAAGCACAGCAUUCCUGAGGAGGCUCCUAUGAGUGCAAGUGCACGAGAGCAGAAGAGCUCGUGUUUUGCUCUGCCUGAACUCGAACAUAACCUCAAACUGCUCAUCGAGCUCAAUGAGCAAGAUAUUUUACAGAGCUCUCGGCGUUUGCAGCAUGAGAGGGAUACGGUGGUGUCUCUGAGGCAUGAGAGCACGGCCCUGCAGGCACGGUUAAGUGAGGAGAGUGCGGCAGUGGAGCGACUAGAGCAGGUGAUGGAGCUGGUGGAGCGGCUGGAGACAGCUGGGGAAGGAGGUGGCCCUCCACUCUCGCUCGAAGAGUGUGUCCAGGCCUUCCAGCAGAUGCAGACGCACUUCUACCAUGAGUACAAGAGCUUGGGGCUCGCCGAUCUCGCUGUGUCUGUGGUGCAUCCACUACUGAAUGAGAAACUCAGAAACUGGGACCCGCUGAAGGACUGUUCAUUUGGUUUAGAGGAGGUAGGUCAGUGGAGGGCCAUUCUAGAGGGUACACAACUUCAACAUAGUACACCUGACUCCAACCACAUGGACCCCUACCACAGGUUGAUAUGGGAGGUGUGGGUUCCAGUGCUAAGGAACUGCGUGGCACAGUGGCAACCCAGAAAUGUUGGUCCUAUGGUGGACCUUGUGGACUGCUGGGCCCCUGUGCUACCUCUCUGGAUCCUCGACUAUGUGCUGGAGCAGCUCAUCUUCCCACGGCUACAGAAAGAGGUGGAUAACUGGAACCCGCUGACAGACACGGUGCCCAUCCACUCAUGGAUCCACCCAUGGUUGCCUCAGAUGCAGAUGCGGCUAGAGCCACUGUACCCACCUAUACGCAACAAGCUGGCAAAUGCCCUACAGCGCUGGCACCCAAGUGAUGCUUCAGCCCGACUCAUCCUGCAGCCUUGGAAAGACGUUUUCACCCCCGGAGCCUGGGAGGCCUUCAUGGUCAAAAACAUUGUCCCUAAGCUAGCUCUGUGUCUAGGGGAGCUGGUGGUGAACCCACAUCAGCAGCUGAUCGACCCAUUCAACUGGGUGAUGGACUGGGAGGGCAUGUUGUCUCUCUCCAGUAUGGUGGGAUUACUUGAAAAGCACUUUUUUAACAAAUGGCUACAGGUGUUGUGCUCUUGGCUGAGUAACAAUCCUAACUAUGAGGAGAUCACUAAGUGGUAUCUGGGUUGGAAGGGAAUGCUGUCAGAGCAACUGCUCAGUCACCCUGUCAUUAAAGAGAAGCUGAAUGAGGCCCUGGACAUAAUGAACAGAGCUGUAGCCUCUGGACUAGGUGGCUACAUGCAGCCUGGAGCAAAGGAGAACAUUGCGUAUCUGACCCAGACAGAGAGGAGGAAAGAUUUCCAGUAUGAGCCACCAGCACCACCGCAGCGUGAGGUAGAGAGCAGCGUUCCACGCCUGCCUGUCACUGGCCCUGUCUCAGCCUCCAUACCCACCAACUUCAAAGACCUGAUCCAGGCCAAAGCAGAGGAGAAUGGCAUUGUCUUCAUGCCUAUAGUGGGCAAGAGGCACAUGGGCAAGCAACUUUACACGUUUGGCAGGAUCAUUAUCUAUGUGGAGAGGGGUGUUGUGUUUGUCCAGGGAAAAAAGACCUGGGUCCCUACAUCACUACAGAGUCUCAUUGAUAUGGCCAAAUAAGGGACUGAGAUAAGAGGGACUGCGAGACCCCCAGCCACCCAGGGAAUGUGAACUGAAGGUGUUUUGAGCACUCCUUCAGGUGAAAUGGAAACUGAGUUUGUCCAUCCUGCUGAUGGAAUUAUUUGAUGUGGCUAUACAUUGCUCUUGUUUUAUACAUUUGUAAAAUGUUCAGUCCGUGAGUGACAACCUUGGAAAUAAAUUGUUAAUUUUUGAAAGGUCA